AUGCUUGUACUUGUUAUUGGAGAUUUUCAUGUUCCACAUAGGAGUGCUGCUAUUCCACAAGUAUUUCUUGAUCGAUUAAAUACUGGAAGAAUUCAAACAGUUCUUUGUACAGGGAAUCUUUGUGGAAAAGAAACAUAUGAUAUUUUGAGAACUCUUGCACGUGAAGUUCAUGUUGUUAAAGGAGAUUUUGAUGAGAUGCAAGGACUUAAUGAAACUGAAGUAAUUAAAAUAGGAAAUUUCAAAAUUGGAUUAAUGCAUGGUCAUCAAGUUAUCCCUUGGGGAGAUCGUGAAGCACUUGCUAUUUAUCAAAGACAACUUGAUGUUGAUAUUUUAAUUACUGGUCAUACCCAUAAAUUAGAAACAAAAGAAGUUGGUGGGAAAUAUUUCCUUAAUCCAGGUAGUGCUACUGGUGCUUAUUCUCCUUUAGUAGACAAUCCAGUCCCUUCUUUUAUGUUACUUGAAAUUAAUGAUUCAGAAUUAACCAUUUAUGAAUAUACCUUAGUUGAUGGUUCUGUUAAAUGUGAAAGAGUUGAUUUCAAUAAGAAACAACAACAAUAA